AUGGUUUCAGUUUUCUGUCUGCUCGUAUUGUUGGCUGCCGCCGCCCGAUCAUCAGACUAUUUUCAUUGUCGUGUCGUCAUGGUAUUACUCGUACUGAUCGCAAUUUUAAUGCAAAUGGUCGGACUAAUGGUACCAUCUCUGGUAAUCGAGAAGCGGAUCAAUUCCACAACGUUCAAAAUCUCCGACUACAACCCAUACGAUGAGAAAGCAAUGGGAUUCGUUGUCUAUUUUCCAGCUGUAACUUGUAUAUUUGCUGGAUUGACAAUUCGUGGCAAUUUUAAACGAAAGAAGGACAACUUGUUCCAAGGCACAACAUUGGCCUUGGUGGUGUCCUCCCUGUUAUACAUGCUGACUGCAGUAUUAGAAUCACAUUUUCUUGCGGUCAACGAUCUAGUCCUCAGCCGUAUCACCGAACCAGGCCAUAAACUACGCGAUAUGGCUGUGUUGAAAUCUCUUCCGGUUACUCUUAUCGUGCUAUUGUCGUGUUUCUACUGUGCCUACACGGCAUUUCUCACUGCAGCGCAAUCAGUGCAGGAUGUUGGAAAAAGCAAAGGUCUUGUGCCUGGAUGGGACAAAAUGGGCAAAGGAUACGGUAAAGGAAAUAGUCCACGAAUUGCUUUCGUGGUUAUCACCAUUGCUGGUAUUAUCUUAUCAAUGAUUGGAGAGUUCAACAUCCUCGCAAGUAUAAUGACCAUCUAUUACUUGACCACGUUUUGCCUUCUCAACUACGCUGUCUUCAUGGCAACCCUUAAGUCCGAAAAACCAAUGUAUCGAUGGUUCAACCGAUGGCUGUCCUUGUUCUGCUCACUGCUCUGUGUCCACAUUAUGCUCGCCGUUAGUUGGAAGAUUACCAAUGCGGCCAUUUUAACAUUCCUCAAAUUUUACAUCUACAUAAAAUGGAAACAAUCACAAGUGAAGGCUGGCCAGAAGCUGGCUGGAUCCUCCUACGGCAACACCUUGAGUGGGCUCCGUAACAUGGAACGGGAAGCGGAUCUCAGUUAUAAGCCUCAGAUGCUGCUUCUCACUGGAAAUCCUGCCGCUCGACCAGCUCUCGUCGACUUCGCCAACAACAUUAUCAUGGGCCGCUCAUUGCUUAUCUGCGGUUUCGUCAUUCCGCAGCCCGUGAGCAGUCGCACAUACAUCAUGACAGAAAAAGUAGACCGACAGAUGUCCGAGUGGUUGGAGACUCGUGAAGUUUCCGCUUUCCCGGCAACUGUGGCAAAUGAGAACCAAGCGGAGGGAGCUGCAACAUUGCUACAGACGUCAGGUAUUGGCAAGAUGCGUCCGAAAUAUUCUUGA